GAGGAAUGGCCGCCCUCACGUUGCUAUCAUAAGCGAUAGCGAUUAUUCCCGCCCCCCAUUUAAACAGGGCAGCAGAGUAGUUGCCCUUAAUUGGUGCCCCCUCUCCCUAUUUCCAGCCUCUAUUGGCAACUAAAGGCCAUCACAUCUGGAAGUUCACCAGGUCAGGCGAGGCUGCCCCAUAAUUAAACUGGGAAAAUAAAACCACUUGAGCUCUCCUCAGAUGUCGAGUGGAACCGCCUCCUGUCUUAUAGCAGGAAAAGAAGAGCGUUGUUUUCAUUUUUCUGCCCCGGGCAACUCUUGGUCAUUUGGCGGCUUUCACUGGCUACAUAAAGCUGCUAUGGGGCGGGUGGGGGAGGGCAAAAGUUGCUUCCUUCUUCUAGCUCUCUUCCUUUCUGACUUGCUUGGAAGCGAGCCCGAGUCCGAGGAGAGACGUUAACCUCGCUUUUAAAGUCGUACGCGACUCUGGAUGUAGAGAAGGGACGGGACUCUUUGGUGCUGCUGCUUGUAGAGAGACUAGGAAUUCUGCCCUGUCCUCAUUGUACCUGAAUGUGCAUUUCUGGGUUUCAUGCAGGGGUGAAAUCUAAAAAUUUUCCCUACCGGUUCUGUGGGCGUGGCUUGGUGGGCGUGGGAGGGGAAGGAUACUGCAAAAUCUCCAUUCCGUCCCCACUCCUGGGCGAAGGAUAUUGCAAGGCUUGACUCAGCCUUCCAUCCUUUAUAAGGGACUAUUUACUAAUAUUUUUUGUGGAAGUCUCAUGGUGAUGCUUAGUGAACAGCAGCUACAAGAGAAGGUGCUUCAGUAUGAAGCAUUUAUCAGUGAUGUUUUGCAGAGAGACCUUAAGAAAGUGUUGGAGCAGCGAGAUGAGAUUUAUGAAAAGAUUGCUCAGUAUUUGCAACUCAAGAACGUUAUUGAACGUUUACAGGAAACAGGAAGCCAGGAGCUGAAAACCCAAGUGGAUCUAGGUUGCCAUUUUUAUGUCAAUGCAGAAGUGCCUGAUACAUCCACCAUAUUUGUAGCUCUGGGUUAUGGGUUCUUUGUGGAACUGACUCUACCAGAGGCACUAACCUUCAUUGAGAAAAAGACGAAGUUGCUUAAUGAGCUCAGUGAAACUCUUACCAAAGAUUCUGCCAGAAUAAAAGCCAAUAUCCGGAUGGUUUUAGAGGGAUUACGUGAACUGCAAGGUUUCAGAGAUCUGCCUGAGGAGAACAGAAUGGAUGUUUUCCUCUAGGUAUCCGUCUUCUAUGAUCCAAAGGAAUUAAUUUUUGUUUUCUAGAAGAAAAUUUGAUUGUGGACUUUUUUGCUGCAGUAGGGGCUGCAUGCAUGAGGAGAAACUGGUGAAUGAGAGACAGUGACAUGAGGUAGUGAUGGGGAAGAGAAGCUCCACUUUUAGUGAGGGUGUUAGGCUCUUUGAACUUCCUCCCAUGUCUGGUUCCAAUUUUAGUGUUUCAUUUUGAAAAUAAUUGUAUUAAUAAAGAUUCUGUAUUUGUACUGGA